AUGUUCACAAGACUAUCAAUUAAAUCAUCGAGUCUGAUUAGACAUUACUCAUCUAGUGCAUUCCAAGAGACAAAGAGAGUCGCAGAGCUCUCUACUCUUGCAAAUGGAUUGAAGGUUGUGUCACUCUCGGGUGGCUACUCCGGACAUGCUGUUUCACUCGGCCUCAUGGUCAACACUGGCAGCAGAUUCGAGACUCAGCAGACAGCCGGUGUCAACCAGCUGCUCAAGAACCUGGUGUUCCAGAGCAACUCCAGCAAGAUCUAUUUGGAGGUGCAGCGCGAGAUUGAGCUGAUGGGCUCCACCGCCUUUGCCCAGGCCAGCCGCGACAACCUCUUGGUCUCGACCCAGGUGCUCCCACCAUUCUCUUUGCAGAUGCUCCAGACUCUGGCCGAGCUGUCCGACCCCACUCUGCCAUUCCACGAGGUGCGCGACAACACCGAGUGGACCGUCGGCGAGUCCGAGUCGCUGGCCCACUGCGAGCAGACCACCCUCUUUGAGGACCUCCAUCGCAGCGCCUUCCGCGGCAGAACUCUCGGCCGUCCAUUGGUCGCCCCAGCCAGCAACCUCGAGAACCUCACUACCGAGCAGGUUCAGUCGUACGCCAACCAGGUCUACGCCCCACACAACAUGGUCUUGGUCGGAGUUGGCCUGCAGCACAAGGAAUUGGUCGAGGAGGCUUCACAGAUCAAGUUUGGACGCAACAACAGCAACAGCAACAACAGCAGCAACGUCAGCAUCCCACGCGAACAAGCCAAAUACAUUGGAGGUGAAUCGUUGACCUACCAAACUGGCGACAGCCACGUCAUCCUGGCAUUCGAGGGUGUCAGCGCCGCCUCGUCCGUCAAGGACGUCGCCGCCGCCGCCGUCUUGCAGGCCCUGCUCGGCUCGGCCUCUGUGCUCCCAGCCACCGCCCCAGGCGCCGGCAGAGCCAGCAGAUUAUACAGCUUGCUCGAGAAGAGCAACGGCAACGUCGAGAAGGCCGAGGCUUUCUCGCUCAACUACGCCGACUCUGGCCUCUUUGGAGUGUACAGCGUUGCACAGAGCGGAGACGUCGCCACCGUCAUCCGUCAGAUUGCUGGAGAGCUCGUUGGAGCUGCCCGCGCCACCGGCCAGGAGCUGGAGCGCGCCAAGCAGUUGGCCAAGUCACAGUUCCUUGCUUCCGCCGAGCAGCGCACCUGCGCCCUCGAGUUUGUCGGCAAGCAGGCUCUCUAUGGCGGCAAGGUGCUCACCCCCGAGGAGUACGUCGCCGAGGUGUCCAAGCUGACCUCUGACGACGUCAAGAGAGUGGCCCAGAGAAUCCUCUCGUCCAAGCCAACCCUUGUUGUCCGCGGCGACCUCACCAACGUUCCAACCUGCGAGGAAGUGUCUUCAUUGCUCAAGUUG